AUGUCUUUACACAGCGAUGCCGAGGAGACUCACUUCUUAAACGAACAAAACUUGCAUACCGUCUUACCUGGAUUGAAUAGAAAGAAUGUUCCUUCACAUAAAUAUCUUGGACUUGGUGUGCUUGGUAUAUGUGUGGCUUCCUUUGUUGCUCAGACGGAAAUAACACAGUUUGUUCAGAAAGACAUGGAAUAUCAUAAACCGUAUUUUAUAUUGUGGAUAUCUCACAGCUGCUAUACAUUUAUUAUUCCUCUUCAAAUUGCAAUCAGCUCGAAUCCACGGAACUACAUCAAAGAGUUAUUCAUGGUUGGAUCACAACUUGUUACUUCGUUUGGCAAACAAUCUCGCACUCUUCUUACAGACGACGAAGAUGAAACCGAGUGUCAGAUUGAUGCAACAGCAUAUGACAUGAUCCUUUCUGAACGAUAUCGCUAUGUCGUUGUUCAUCUAUUCAAACUGGCGGCAUUUUUCGCUACUAGUCUUUGUGUGCCCGCUUAUAUCUGGUAUAUUGCAGUUAAUCUGAUCGCAAUGGCCAAUUUAACCGCGAUAUACAACACGAGCUGUUUCUUCGCUUAUAUUUUUUCGAUAUUGUUAUUAGGAGAAUCACUUAAGUUAGAGAAGGUGAUCGCAGUGGCUUUGAGUGUUAUAGGGAUAGUUAUAAUGUCAAACCAAAAGAAUGCACCUAAGGAAGACCAUGUCCCAAUGGAUUACGGCUAUGAAUUCGUAGCAGGCAAUGUGAUUGCUUGUAUCGGUGCAUCGUUUUACGGAUUGUACGAAGUUCUUUACAAGAAAUACGCGUCACCUUCAACUCCAUCCGGUCUAUUUGCGAACACGUUAACCGGACUGAUGGGAGUUUUUACGUUCUUAGUUCUUUGGAUUCCGAUUCCCAUAUUGCAUAUAACCGGCGUAGAACCAUUUGCACUUCCAUCCGCAAGGACAUUUGGGUACAUUCUAUUAAACGCAUCAGCAGGCGUUUUUUUCAAUGCAAGCUUUAUGUUUUCUAUUGCCUUGACCAGUCCGCUCUUUGCCUCCAUAGGUAUUAUGGUGACGAUACCAAUCGUGACAUUGGUGGACAUGCUAGUCACACAGACAUCCGUAGCGUUAAGCACUGUAGUCGGUAGUCUAUGCAUUCUGACGGCUUUUGGUUUGUUGAUAUGGGACGAUUUCACACGUGACCGGGAAAAGCAGAGCAGCCAAGAAGAAGACAUCGGCUAA